AUGUCGAAGGACCAGAAUGGAACCUGGGAAAUGGAGAGCAAUGAGAACUUUGACGGCUAUAUGAAGGCCCUAGAUAUUGAUUUUGCCACCCGCAAGAUCGCGGUGUGUCUGAGUCAGACGAAGAUUAUCACUCAGGAUGGUGAUAACUUCAAGACGAAAACCAACAGCACGUUCCGCAACUACGACCUGGAUUUCACCGUCGGGGUGGAGUUUGACGAACACACAAAGGGGCUGGACGGCCGGAAAGUCAAGACCCUAGUCACCUGGGAAGGCAACACCCUCGUGUGUGUGCAGAAAGGGGAGAAGGAGAACCGCGGCUGGAAGCAGUGGGUGGAGGGAGACAAGCUGUACCUGGAGCUGACCUGCGGCGACCAGGUGUGUCGACAAGUGUUCAAAAAGAAGUGA